UACUUUGUUAAAGUGAGUCAUCUUUCUAAAAUGACUGAAAGAAAAGUCUUCAGGUUUUUCUUCAGAAUUACAUGUUGCAAUACUGGUGCAAUUUUCUUGUCAUACAUUGUUUAUGGCUUACUGGAACAGUCAAUUUCUGUUAUCUAAAGAAAUGGCUGUUAUGGAGUACUGAAGUGUCCAUUUUCUGUUGUUCUGUUACAUUGACACAAUUUUGUACUUUACUGAAUCAUAAUGUUACCUGUGAUGACAGAUGCAGUACACUUCCUCAAAAAUAGGUUGUUGCUAAUCACCGGAAAAGAUCUUCAUAGAAGAAGGCUUCCAUAAAGUAUUGUUUUUAAACUCAAGCAGAAUAUUUCUUACUGCUCAUCUGAAAUUAAGUUUUCGUUUCCCUUUUACUUACGCGUGUUCUCUGCAUCUCAUUAUGCUUUUCCUCUAGCUGUUUGCUUCAAGGAUCUAGAGGAGGAAAGGAAAUACACGGCAAUUGCAAGUAGAAAUGGGCUUUCUGCUCUGAAUUUGGUUCCUUGCAAAAUGAAUGUUGCAUUAUUUCACAGAGGUUGGACCCUCCCGUAGAAUUUGUGAAGAUACGUGCACGUAAACAGCUUAUUUUUCUUGAAGACUUCUAUGCAGCUUACAAAGUUUUAAUCACAAUGAAUUCUGGCUUAUGGAGUCAAGAAAAAGGAGGUUCAUCCUAUUGGGAAGAGCGGAUCUUUUACUUGCUUCUCCAGGAAUGCAGUGUCUUGGACAAGCAGACGCAGAAGCUCUUGAAAGUACCAAGAGGUAGCAUUGGGCAGUUUUUUCAAGACCGUUCUUCUGUGGGACACUCCAGAAAUAUUCCUUGUAAAGGCAAGAAACUGCAGAUUGGAUUAAAGAUUCUGGAACAACCUCAUGCAGUCCUGCUUGUGGAUGAGAAAGAUAUUAUAGAAAUAAGUGAAAAACUAGCUGAGUUGCUUUUGGCUAUUACUAACUGUGAGGAAAGAUACAGUCUGUUUAAAAGCAAAAGCAGGUUAACUAAAGGCAUCCAAAUAGAUAUUGGCUCACCUGUUAGAGUACAGCUGAGAUCAGGAGAUGAGAAAUUUCCUGGAGUUGUUCGUUUCAGAGGACCCUUGAUGCAAGAAAGGUCCCUAACAGGGAUAUACUUUGGAGUAGAGUUACUGGAAGAAGGUCGUGGUCAGGGCUUUACUGAUGGCCAGUACCAAGGCAAGCAGCUUUUCAGAUGCGAUGAGGAUUGUGGGGUUUUUGUUGCUUUGGACAAACUGGAGCUGGUGGAAGAUGAUGACAAUGAACUGGAAAGUGACUAUGCAGCUCCUGUUGAAGCAAUGCAGGUAGAACUUCCUCCUCUGGAGAUCAACUCCAGGGUUUCUCUGAAGAUAGGAGAGAGUAUAGAGUAUGGGACAGUUAUAUUCUGUGAUGUCUUACCAGGAAACGAGAGUUUAGGAUACGUUGUUGGAGUGGACAUGGAUAAUCCUAUCGGAAACUGGGAUGGAAGAUAUAAUGGAAUACAGCUGUGCAGUUUUGCAAGUGUUGAAAGUACACUUCUUUUGCAUAUCAAUGAUGUUAUUCCAGAGACUGUGUCACAGGACAGGAGACCUCCCAAGCUUGCUUAUACCUCAAGAGGUGGUGGUGACAAAAGCUUGUUCAAUCAUAGUAAGCCAAAGUCUACCGGAUCUACCUCUGAAACUGGAAAAAGAAACAGAUCUGAAGCCUUCUACACGUUAAAUGGCUCAUCGGUUGACUCUCAGCCUCAAACAAAAGCAAAACCCCCAUGGUAUAUUGAUGAAGCUGCUGAAGACCCAGCAAAAUCACUUAGUGAUUCAUCUCCUGGAUUUGGACAUUCUUCACCACCACUGCAGCCACCUUUAACGAACUCUGUGUCUACAGAAAACAGAUUUCACUCCCUCCCUUUCAGCUUGACAAAAACAUCAAGUGCUAAUGGUACUGGUACUACUAUUGGACAUAGUCCUCUCUCUUUAUCUGUUCAGUCUGUCAUUGGUGAUGUAAAUACUACAGCAAACCAGGAGAGUCCAUCAUCAGCAGACCCAGUUGGGAACUCGCAUGGUCUUGAAGCAGGUUCCUUGGCUGAAGUUAAAGAAAAUCCUCCUUUCUAUGGAGUAAUCCGAUGGAUUGGCCAGCCCCCUGGAGUAAAUGAAGUAUUAGCUGGACUGGAACUGGAAGAUGAAUGUGCAGGUUGCACGGAUGGCACAUUUAAGGGAACUCGAUACUUCACGUGUGCUCCGAAGAAAGCUCUUUUUGUUAAACUCAAAAGCUGCAGGCCAGAUUCCAGGUUUGCCUCACUACAGCCAGUUUCCAACCAGAUUGAACGCUGCAACUCUCUAGCCUUUGGAGGUUACUUAAGUGAAGUGGUAGAAGAAAACACUCCUCCAAAAAUGGAAAAAGAAGGUUUAGAGACAAUGAUUGGAAAGAAGAAAGGUAUCCAGGGUCAUUACAACUCCUGUUACUUAGACUCCACCUUAUUCUGCCUGUUUUCUUUUAGCUCUGUUUUGGACACUGUGUUACUCAGACCUAAAGAAAAGAAUGAUGUAGAGUAUUAUAGUGAGACCCAAGAGCUGUUGAGGACAGAGAUCGUGAAUCCUCUGAGAAUAUAUGGAUAUGUAUGUGCUACAAAAAUAAUGAAACUGAGGAAAAUACUUGAAAAAGUUGAAGCUGCAUCAGGAUUCACUUCAGAGGAAAAAGAUCCAGAAGAAUUUUUGAAUAUUUUAUUUCACCAUAUUUUAAGAGUUGAGCCACUGUUGAAAAUAAGAUCAGCAGGUCAGAAAGUACAAGACUGUUACUUCUAUCAGAUUUUUAUGGACAAAAAUGAGAAAGUCGGAGUCCCAACAAUUCAGCAGUUACUAGAGUGGUCAUUCAUCAACAGCAACUUGAAGUUUGCAGAGGCACCUUCUUGCCUGAUCAUCCAGAUGCCUCGGUUUGGAAAAGACUUCAAAAUGUUCAACAAAAUUUUUCCAUCCUUGGAAUUAAAUAUAACAGACUUACUUGAAGACACUCCCAGGCAGUGCCGCAUAUGUGGAGGGCUCGCUAUGUAUGAGUGCAGAGAAUGUUACGAAGAUACUGAUAUUUCUGCUGGGAAAAUCAAACAGUUCUGCAAAACGUGCAAUACACAGGUUCAUCUUCAUCCCAAGAGACAGAGUCAUAAAUUCAAUCCGUUGUCACUACCUAAAGACCUGCCAGACUGGGACUGGCGACACGGCUGCAUUCCGUACCAGAAGAUGGAGUUGUUUGCUGUUCUCUGCAUAGAAACAAGCCACUAUGUAGCUUUUGUUAAAUAUGGGAGGGAUGAUUCCGCCUGGCUCUUCUUUGACAGCAUGGCAGAUCGGGAUGGAGGUCAGAAUGGCUUUAACAUUCCGCAAGUUACUCCAUGUCCAGAAGUUGGUGAAUAUCUGAAGAUGUCUCUAGAAGAAUUACACUCGUUAGAUUCCAGAAAAAUUCAAGGUUGUGCAAGAAGACUACUUUGUGAUGCGUACAUGUGCAUGUAUCAAAGUCCAACAAUGAGUUUAUACAAAUGAGCAAUGGCCUCUGGAAAACUGAAGAAACAGUACAGAGUUAUUGACUGCUGCAUUUGCUGCAUGUUUUGGUUAGUUUUAAUGCAACCGUUGCUGGCAAUGGAAGAAAUUGACUAUGAGAGCAAAAGGAUCACUCUUCCAAAAACUACAUGUGGAGUUCUGUAAUUGAAAUAUUUAAGCAUUUUGCACUCUGGGAAGUGUGCUUGUGUGUUUGUUUUAUAAACAAAGUCUAAGUGAAGUUACUAAAAAUUAAAAGCUUUAAGUGCAUUGAUUACAGACCGGCUUUUUUUUACGUGUUAAAGGUGGAGUUGUAUCAGGAGAAACCUCCUUAGUCCAUUGAGCAUGUAAAGAUACACUGGGUUCUUGCUCAGUGUGUUUCUGUGGAUCAGGGAUGGUGAUUCUCUUCUGUUUCUCUACCCUCCACCCCACCACUUCUCUGCAUCCUUGGUUUUUUUAGCACCACAGAUUCUGUCUUCAAUAGAGAGAACAACUUCAGCUUUAGCAAGAUAAAUUUUUAGACUGUUCAUUGCAUAUUAAUUCUAUUCUGUAUCUGUCUGCUACAUUCUUUCCAGUUCACAUAUUUCUUCUUCAAAAAUUAACAUUUGUUUAAAGAUCUGAACUCCUAUCUUGUGCGAAAAGACUUGAGGAGGGGAAGAACGUAUUAAGGGGAAGCAUAGUUGCUGAAAUACAAAAUUAGCAAUGAAAGUCAACAGAUGUCUUUUUCUAACUGUCUAUUUUUAAUGAAACAAAGCAGUCUAGAACAGAAGAGCAGCUAUAUACAAAUGAUUGGAGAAUCAAACAAUAAAAUAGUGGGUUGCCUCAGGGAAUGUUACUGAAGUGGAUUCUAGACCUUGAUUAAACAAAACUGAUUUUUCUACAGUACAUUAAGCUGCUACCCCAGAAUCUGUUGUACAUCUGGUUUCUUCAUUUCAGGAUUACUGGUGGUCAAUAUUAGAAAUCUGCUUGGAAAGCUGAAACUAUAUAUAAAAGUAGAUGAGAGUUUUACUGUAUACCAUCUAAUGAAAACUGACUUGAAAAGCUGCAAGACCUGUGAACCUGUGUUGAUGUAAAAUAUUAAUCUCUGAAGUCUGUUGCUUCCUGUUUGCAGUGAAAUACUGUUUUAGUUACUUUUUAGCUACUUCUGUCUACACUGACUAGCAAACUUGCAACUACAUGUAUACAGUAAAAUCUGGUUGUACAAAUUGCAUAUAUAUGAGCUGUACAGUUUCGACUAAGAUGUUUUAUAUGGAGAACUUCCUCUUUGGGAUCAAGUCUAUAGAAGGAGAAGUCACAAAAUACAACUUGAAAAAGCCACUGUUUCUAAAGACAAUGGAGACUGAUCCCCUAUUGUAGAAAAUUGCGUUACUUUGUUCUUGGAAAACCUAGGAUCUUUCUUUGGGACACACUCUACCACAGCAGAGUAUUAGAGAUCUCAAAGCCGUUUGAAGGAGUGACCUGGAAAGCAAGGAGUGAUGAAGGAGUUGAUCUGUUCUGUUAGCUGCUGCAUGAAGUGUGGUCUAAUUUUUCAUUCUUGAGCAAGAAAGUUGUUGGAAAUGUCACUAUUGUUUUUGCCUUUACCUAGUUCCACACUCCCUUGCUUUACUUACCUAGUCUGUGCUUUCUGGAAAACCUCUUCCUUUAGUUUCAGUACUACUGCUCGCUCUUGAACUCUUUUCUCAACUGUUUCUCUCCUGAAAAAUUUCAGAGAGGGUUUAGGUGAUGGACUCUAUAAUCAUAUGUCAGUGAGUGGGUUACUGUCUGUUGGCUUUUCCUAGGCUCCAUACCAUUCUGCUGUGCUGCAGGUGCUCAGAUGUAUUGACAAAGAUGCCAUAGAAGCAUCUCAAGGUAAGUGUAAGGUUUUAAAAGCACAAACCUAUGUACCAGUGAGACCAUUCUGAGCGUCUGCAGUCUCUUUCCUAUCAUCUCAUUUUCCCAAUGCGUUAUCUUUUGUGUCUUCCACAUGUUUCACCUUUCCCUCCUUUCCCCCAGCACCCCCCCCCCCCCCGCCAUUAAAUACUGCCUAAAAUUAUUUUACCUUACCUCUUCCUGAGGCCUUGGAAUUGCUAUGGCCAGAUGGGAGACUGGGACUUGGCAACCAUGUUAUAGUUUUCUAGCUAAAUAAUCUUGUAGCAAAAUAUCUAUUCUUUUCUACAAGUGCAAGUACCAAAAAUCCCAUUUUUUCAGGAUGCAUAUUUGAUUAGCGUAAGUGACUUAAAAAUAGAUGGGUGUAUGAGCUGCUUGGCUUCUUGCUGCCAGUUGUCUGGCCUUAGGCUGGAAAUGGAAAAGAAGUUGUGUGAAUUCUUCCUGUGGUACAUGUAGAGAAUGUGCAGAAAACCUGGAGUUUAAGUACAUUAUUGUGCACGCUGCUUGGUGACAAAUACUGUGUUUGGAAGUGCUGGCAGUACUCUACAGCCCGCGCCUUUGAACCACUUUAUGUUGUUGCAAAACAGUAAGUAGUUUUGCAAACAGUAUAUGAUUACAUGGUUAGUCUAUUGCUUAUCAGUGAAGAAGGCAGAUAUGUCUUCUGUAGCUAAAAAAACAGCAUUGGUUUUGACAACUGAGUCUUCUAAUCCAAAAAGUAUUGCUUUAUUGUGUACUGCACUGGCUUGGAGAUAAUCUAGCAGUGUAAAUGAAAUGUUGUGGAAACUAACCCCAAUUUUUAUUUCUGGUCUCAGAAAGGAGUAUACAGACAGAAAAGUGAUUUCACUGUGAAAGGAAACUUGUAAAAUAGCUUCUAUACAAGGGUAAGAAACUGUUUUAGCCUUCAGCAUUUAUUGUAGGGGAUCUGAAUAAGCUAUUUUGAAGCAGCAGCCUUUAUUCUGAAGCAUCUACUGCUGGUAAACGUAAUGCCCAAAGAUUCCAGGGAUUUCACCCAACCCUUUAUGUGUUUAAUGCACUUGGGAACCUCCCAAUCAGUUGUUCUUUUUCUUUAUAUGGUGAAUGUGCCCAUAAAUUAAUAAUAGAUCAUUGUUUCAGGGUUUGGCUCCUAAGUAUUGCUAUCAAUGGCCUUAACCUGUGAGUAGGAAAACGGAAAAUAUGGUUCCUAGCAGCCUGUAAAAAAUGUAAAGUUUGGUAAUACUGAAACUUUAAUACUUGGGGAUAAAUACUGCACUGAUAAAACUCCGAGCUCCUACUCUGCUAAUUGUUUUUAGAAAUAGGGGAUCAAAUCAGUAGUAGAUGGGAAGACUCACUGCACUACUAACUGCUUGCUUAUUUUGAACAUGGAGGGUGAAAAGUGAAGGUGUUAUUUACAGGUGAUGCCUUACACAUCACCCUAGAGCCACAAUAAGCUGCAUGAGAAUUCUUGUUUUGGCAUGGGAGAUAAUUGGAGGAAAAAAUACUGAAAUACCUAUGUUCAGUACAAGUCUUUCUGAUGCCUGUGAUACUGAUUCUGUGCUGUUGCAAAUGUAGUAUAGUGUUUCACUACACAGCCUGUGACAGUUCCACUUUAAGCAAGUAUUGCAUGUAAGAGGAAUUACUUCUUAUCACAGAUGGGUUUUUUUCAAUGCACUUAUUUUUCUUGUGCACUUUACACUCCAUGGAAUAGGUGAACUUGGUCCCCAGGCUCCCCAGUGAUAGCUGCUCAACAUGAGGCUGAGGCAGAACACGCUGCUUCAUGGUUUCAGAACUGAGUUGGUGUAGAAAGCAGCUUGAAAGUGUGGUGUUUUUAUCACUGUAACAAAGCAUGUUUUUCUCUGUUCUUGAUAUUUUGCUAAAUAAACAUCCCAUGUUUUGUGCACAAGUAGUCUCUUAAACUUACUUUGGCUAUCUCCAAAAAUGAGUUUGGGAAAGAAACCGUUGUAUCAGGUUGUGUUCAACUAGCCUUAACUUUUUUUUUUUUCCCCUAGUGGAAGAGUGGAAUUAGCUGCUGCUGGAAAGGAAUGUACCAUGUGCUUUCUGUAUUAAUUAUAUUAAAAUUAUUAUU